UCGAGCCGCCAUCGAGGACCUUGCCUUCUUUCGAGCCGCCAUCGAGGACCUUGCCUUCUUUCGAUCCGCCAUCGAGGACCUUGGCUUCUUUCGAUCCGCCAUCGAGGACCUUGGCUUCUUUCGAGCCGCCAUCGAGGACCUUGGCUUCUUUCGAUCCGCCAUCGAGGACCUUGGCUUCUUUCGAGCCGCCAUCGAGGACCUUGCCUUCUUUCGAGCCGCCAUCGAGGACCUUGCCUUCUUUCGAGCCGCCAUCGAGGACCUUGGCUUCUUUCGAGCCGCCAUCGAGGACCUUGGCUUCUUUCGAGCCGCCAUCGAGGACCUUGGCUUCUUUCGAUCCGCCAUCGAGGACCUUGGCUUCUUUCGAGCCGCCAUCGAGGACCUUGGCUUCUUUCGAGCCGCCAUCGAGGACCUUGGCUUCUUUCGAGCCGCCAUCGAGGACCUUGGCUUCUUUCGAGCCGCCAUCGAGGACCUUGGCUUCUUUCGAGCCGCCAUCGAGGACCUUGGCUUCUUUCGAGCCGCCAUCGAGGACCUUGGCUUCUUUCGAGCCGCCAUCGAGGACCUUGGCUUCUUUCGAGCCGCCAUCGAGGACCUUGGCUUCUUUCGAGCCGCCAUCGAGGACCUUGGCUUCUUUCGAGCCGCCAUCGAGGACCUUUCCUUCUUUCGAGCCGCCAUCGAGGACCUUGGCUUCUUUCGAUCCGCCAUCGAGGACCUUGGCUUCUUUCGAGCCGCCAUCGAGGACCUUGCCUUCUUUCGAGCCGCCAUCGAGGACCUUGGCUUCUUUCGAGCCGCCAUCGAGGACCUUGGCUUCUUUCGAGCCGCCAUCGAGGACCUUGGCUUCUUUCGAGCCGCCAUCGAGGACCUUGGCUUCUUUCGAGCCGCCAUCGAGGACCUUGGCUUCUUUCGAGCCGCCAUCGAGGACCUUGGCUUCUUUCGAGCCGCCAUCGAGGA